CGUGUGCAUCGGCGCAGCUAUCGUCAUGGUGCUGUUGAAAGUGAUCAAAUAUCUAGCGGGCUGCGUGGUUCGUGUCUGUAAUGAGCUGUCCCAGAAUAUGAAUUCACUGAACAAGAUGUUUAAAUAUCACUUGCUCCAGGCGAACUAGCAAAGUUCAAUUGAAUAUUAUAUAGUAUUUAAGUACAUCUACAUUAAUACCUGUUCAGCACAAAUAUCCAGUUAUUCACAAAUUGUUUCUUUUUUGUGCUUCAAUAAAUCUUGG